AUGAUUUCUGCCUUCUUCUCCUCGUUUCGCGAGUUUGCCAUCGAACUCGAACGAGACAGCUGUACUCUGCGCCAACGGGCCCAAGCGCCGCCAGACGACGCAAAGCAUUAUACCGAUGCCAAAGCCAUGCUCGUUGAGAUGCAAGAAGACAUUGAGAACGUUCACCAUGCCCUACACGAGCUGCAGCAGGAGCCCUGCUAUGAUUACACCAUGGCAGACCUUGUUGCCCUGUGCUCGCAGAUCCAUGAGGCUACCGCCUCGCGCCUGGGCGCUGUUGAGGACGAAUUGGAGCAAUAUGGCUACGUUCGCCCGGCAGAGUGCGAUCUUGUCGAGGACACUUCUUCCGAGCGCGCCCACGAGGCCCCAGCGGCAGACGAAAGCGGGUUGAACUCCACCUUUACGCAUGAUGACGAUGAAGCUGGAGAGUCCGCUCUGCCAACUCCCGCAUCGCCCGUUGCCCCACGCACUCCUAGUGGGGCGGGGACGAGCACUGGCGCUUUGUGCUCUGCGCCUAUCACGCCAGCACGGCGCUUCAUGGCAGCAGAAAAGCCGGCCGUGGCUUCCCCCCGCACACCGUGCCUUGAAGACAUGGGCUUGUCGUCAGUGACACUCGAUGUCCUCAAACACCAUGGCACCGGCACUAGCUUGCUGCGCCCUGCUUUUGAUGCCGAAGUAAGGGUAUCGCUGCCGCUUCUCUUCCGCCCGGGAGAACUACUGCCAGGAUGGCCCAUUGAUGCAAAAUUCCAAAGCGAGGAGGUUCGAGAGCUGGGGGCCAGUCUGCCUCGAGGAGUUUCUUUCGGGGGCAAACAUCUGGAACCAGUGGCGGAGCCCAUGGUAAGGGAGCCCCGUCCGGCAGCAAGCACGACAGUCUCGCACAGCAAUGGCAUGAACAUUUCCGUGGCCGAGUAUCAGACCUUGGCCCCAUCGACUCGGGACUGCAUCGAUUUGGACACGCUCAACACCCAGCUUCGCAAGUUGUAUCUCAUCUACCAGACAGCACUGGCGGACAUGGAAGAGCCUUUCUUUACUAUCAAAUCUUUAGGGUAA